CCAAAGAGCUGGCACGACUCAAAACGGUGCUGGGUCAGGGAGAGAAAGGUGAGAUCAGCAUGAAAGAUGUGGCUGAGAUCGCCACCGUUGUGCCGCCUGAGAAAGUGAAGAAGCCGGGAGAUGUUGAGAUGCAGGAGGAAGAUGCGGAUGGUGGAAAGAUGGAUUUAGACACUAAACGCAAUAAAAAGACCAUGUUGGACGAUCAAGGACGGUAUCCGGUGUGGAUGAACCAAAGGCAGGCGAAGAAGGUGAAAGCCAAACGUGCUGCUAAAAAAGGAAAACCUAAGAUAAAGAAAGGGCUCGCGUGGUAGAUGAACUGAUCUACUUGUGAACGGACAUUAUUCCUGUCACAGCUGUACAGGAUCUUUUUCAUGUACAUUUCUAUGGACUGUUUGUGCAACCUUGAGCAGAAAAAUACUUUAGAGUGUUUGCAGUUGUGAAAUGUACAGAUUUGUUAAUGGUUUGGAUUCAAGAUCACGAUCAAGGCUUUUUUUUUUUCACUACUUUUACACCUCUGACUCUUUCCUUUCUACUCUGUGGGUCUGCUUUACUUUGCAGUUGUGAAGUAUUAGGUAUUCUCUUUGUUGGCAGAUAAUUAUGGAUGAGCUUUUUUUUUUUCACUUAAUAAAUCAAAUAUACCUUU